AGAGGGCAAAGGCUUGCUGGGGUCAGAAACUCGGGUUUAGACCAGGAGAUGGACUUUCCAAGAACGCGGGGUCGAGUCACACAUCCGUAGCCCAGUCCAAGUUGUGAGCAUGGCCCCUGGAAAUGCACACUCCCACCCUGAAGCCACGAGACGAGUGGCAUUUGUGUGCAUGGAAAUGAAUUUUGGAAUAUCUCACCGUGUGGCACUCCAGCUUCUCUCCCUCUCCCUCCCUUCCUCUUUCUCUCGUUCUUACUUCCUUCCUACUUGUUCAUCUCCCCUUUUCAUACCCUUGUUUCCCAUUUUUCCUUUUUUUUUUUGUAAUUGACCAGGAGAUGAAAAGGAAGCUCUUCCUUUCUAUUAAAUCAGACUGGGCGUGUGGAGAAGAGAUUCAGUCUCCUUAGCGGUCCUUACACACGGAAGAUGCUUUUGGUGCAAAAUUUCCAGUCUUUUUUGUAAAACAAACAUGAAAACAAAAAGCAAAAAUUAUGUCAGCCGACUAUGGAAAACUUACUAUGUGAGAUGCAUUUCUCAGGGCUUGCUUGCAAUGUUUCCAACAGGCUCACAGAGAAGGACAGACGAUUCCUACAAGUUUAUCAGAUGUAACUUUGGCCCUCAGUAAGUUCCAGUUAUAAUUAUCAAGUAUGUUUCCACUGACUGAAGAAAACAAACUUGUGGCCCACUUGUUGCUCAAUUCUGGUACCUGUCCAAGAUGUAUCUUCAGAUUCUGUGGUGUGGAUUUUCAUGCACCUUACAAACUUCCAUACAAGGAGUUACUCAGUGAUCUACAGAAAUUUCUGGAGCCUGGAAAAGAUGAACUGGUUUUGGAAGUUUCAAACCCACCUCUCAAGAAAAUUAGGCUACAAGAACUGGAAGAUGGGGUUGAUAGUUUAACUCGAAAUGGAGAAGGCAAUAUCUCUGUUAUUAAAGAUGGAAGCAUCGCUUCCAAGAACUCAAAUUUGAGUGUAUGCAAUGUUUGCCUUGGAAUUCUUCAAGAAUUCUGUGAAAAAGAGUUUAUUAAGAAGGUAUGCCAAAAGGUUGAAGCCUCUGGGUUUGAAUUCAACAACUUGAUGCUUUCCGUAUCCUUUCCACCACAGCUGUCUGUAAGAGAGCAUGCUGUGUGGUUGCGGGUAAAACAGGAAAUGGGAAAGCAGAGUCUGUCGCUGGGAAGAACUGAUACAGUUCAGCUAAAAGAAGCUUACAAAUGGAUAACUCACCCCCUGUUUUCAGAGGAACUGGGCGUUCCCAUUGAUGGAAAGAGCUUGUUUGAAGUGAGUGUGGUCUUUGCUCACCCAGAAACAGUUGAGGACUGCCACUUCCUUGGUGCAGUUUGCCCAGAUUGUUUCAAGCCAUCCAAAAACAAACAGUCGGUAUUCACUAGAAUGGCAGUUAUGAAAGCUUUGAAUAAAAUAACAGAAGAAGAUUUCCAAAAGCAGUUUCCUUGUCCUCCAGACUCACCAAAGACUGUAUGCACUGUUCUUGAAAUUGAAUGUGCUCAUGGUGCUGUUUUUUUGGCUGGGAGAUAUAAUAAGUACUCAAGGAAUUUACCACAAACUCCCUGGAUAAUUGGUGGAGAAAGGAAGUUGGAAUCUUCAGUGGAAGAAUUAAUUUCAGAUCAUUUGUUGACAGUGUUCAAAGCAGAGAGUUUUAAUUUCUCAUCAUCUGGAAGAGAAGAUGUAGAUGUGAGAACAUUAGGAAAUGGAAGGCCCUUUGCAAUUGAACUGGUGAAUCCUCAUAGAGUACAUUUCACUUCACAAGAAAUUAAGGAGCUUCAGCAGAAAAUUAAUAAGUCAUCUGACAAAAUCCAAGUACGUGACUUGCAGCUUGUUACAAGAGAGGCAAUAGGACAUAUGAAAGAAGGUGAAGAAGAAAAGACCAAGACCUAUAGUGCCUUAAUAUGGACAAAUAGACCAAUACAGAAGGAAGACACUGAAUUCCUAAAUGAGAUCAAGGACUUAAAGAUUGACCAGAAAACACCUCUGCGGGUCCUCCACCGAAGGCCUUUAGCCGUGCGAACUCGUGUCAUUCACUCUAUGGAGGCGCACUACGUGGAUGAACAUCACUUUCGCCUCUACCUGAAGACUCAAGCCGGAACCUACAUUAAAGAGUUUGUGCAUGGAGAUUUUGGGAGAACCAAACCAAACAUUGGCUCCCUGAUGAAUGUAACUGCAGACAUUCUUGAGCUGGAUGUGGAGUCUGUAGAUGUUGACUGGCCACCUGCCCUGGGUGACUGACUUAAUUUUGAUCAGAACAAAUAAGAGAUUUCCUGUCACAAUGUGGACAUCCUGGAAAAAUGGCUGUUGAUCCUCCGUAUAACGGUGUCUUAAAAACCAUUUAGAUCAUGUUGAUCUGUUUGAAAAUCUGUUGUAACAUCUCAGGAUUUACAUAUAUGUAUAUUUUGUGUUGAAUUGUUCCAAGAAUGUCUUACGAUUUUUCUCAUUCUCUCUUCCACAAGUCAAACUAUGAAUAAUGAAACCAUUCUUCCUCUUAAUUCAUUUAAAGAGGUACUCAAACAGAAAAUACUCUGUUGAUCUCAGAAAUUUAAUUACUCUUAGCAAGAUUUCCUCAAUAGGAGACAUACUAUCUUUUAAAUCAUGUUCUAAUUUUUUAAAUUAUCUGAAUUAAAGUUAUAACUAGA